AUGUCACAGCUGGGAGGACCCGCGACGUGCCGGAAGAGGGAAAGGAACGGGAUGCAGCGACGCCAACCCCAACUCGGGAAUGCGGGCAGUCCAUGUGACGUCUCACCGCCGUCUCGAAGUGUGCGAAGUGUUCGAGGAAGUCCCGCACCCGCCAGCCCCUUUUGGCAACCCCUACUCACACGCCGUCUAUUUUUGGCCGCCGGAUGUGACCGAAUCGGUCUCAUCGCUCCUGCCACCGCUGUCUGUCCCAAUGCGUCCAGUGCGUUCUGUCCCGAACAGGAACAUUUCCCUUCUCGGGACCACGGCGGGACCCACACCCCCGCCGCGGGUCUUGGCGCGUCGCACCUGCGGUCUCAAGCCCCAAAUUCGCCCCCCGCCGCCGCCGCCCCGCGGUGGCUGUCAAAAGUACCUAUGUACUCCGUACUCCGUAGUCGCGACACAUUCCCGAUCGGCGGGCGUCUCGAUCGAAGCCAUUUUUCGCUCAUUAUUCAACUUUAA